AUGGCGCCGCUACCCAUCAAGUUCACUGAGCUCUUGCAGCUCACCAGCAUCGGCGUCGAUCAAUCAGCUAUUGGCUUCAACUCCUGUACCUUAGAGUCAGAUCAGUACAUCUGCAUUCGCGAGAAGAAGAGUGAAGCCGCACAGCCCGAGGUGGUCAUCGUCGACCUCAAGAACAAUAACAAUGUCACCCGACGACCCAUCAAGGCCGACAGCGCAAUCAUGCACUGGACGCGCAACAUUAUUGCCCUCAAGGCACAGUCUAGAACACUACAGAUUUUUGACCUGGAGCAGAAAGCUAAGUUAAAGUCUGCCACCAUGGGUGAGGAUGUCGUCUUCUGGAAGUGGAUCAGUGACACUACGAUUGGCUUGGUCACAGACUCAGCAGUCUUCCACUGGGAUGUCUUUGACCAGACACAGGCUGCGCCUGUUGAGGUUUUUAAGCGCAACCCCAACCUCGUCGGUUGCCAAAUCAUCAACUAUCGAGUCAACGUCGACGCAAAAUGGAUGGUUGUUGUAGGCAUCAAGCAAGAGCAGGGACGAGUUGUCGGCCAAAUGCAGCUCUACUCCAGAGAUCGAGGUAUCAGCCAGGCCAUAGAGGGCCAUGCCGCCGCCUUCGGUACCUUACGCCUCGAAGGCGCUCCGCAAGAUUCCAAACUCUUCACCUUCGCAGUACGAACUGCCACUGGCGCAAAGCUACACGUCGUCGAAGUCGAUAAGCCUGAGACAAACCCCGUUUUCGCCAAAAAGAAUGUCGACGUCUUCUUUCCACCCGAAGCUGUCAACGAUUUCCCGGUCGCGAUGCAAGUCUCGCAGAAGUACGGAGUCAUCUAUCUUGUUACGAAAUACGGCUUCAUCCACCUCUAUGACCUUGAGACUGGCAGCUGCAUCUUCAUGAAUAGAAUAUCGAGCGAGACGAUCUUCACAACUUGCUCUGACAACGACUCCACAGGUAUCGUAGGUAUCAACCGCAAGGGUCAGGUCCUCUUUGUGACUGUAGAUGACAACAGCAUCAUCUCUUACUUGCUGCAAAACCCGGGCAACACCGAGAUGGCUAUCAAGAUGGCCUCACGUGCCGGACUUCCUGGCGCAGAUGAUCUAUAUGGAAGACAGUUCGAGCAGCUGUUCAACGGUGGCAACUACAUGGAAGCUGCCAAGGUCGCCGCCGGCUCACCACGCGGUUUCCUACGAACCCCUCAGACGAUUGAGAAGUUCAAGAGAUUGCCUCAGCAACCCGGGCAAAUGUCCUACAUCCUACAGUACUUCGGAAUGUUGUUAGACAAGGGGACCCUUAACAAGCAUGAAACCCUUGAGCUUGCGCAACCAGUUCUCGCGCAGAGCCGCAAGCAACUUCUUGAAAAGUGGCUGAAAGAGGGCAAACUGGACUGCUCUGAGCAGCUGGGUGACAUGGUGCGACCUCAUGAUAUCAACAUGGCUCUCACCGUCUAUCUGAAGGCCGAAGUACCACACAAGGUUGUCGCCGGCUUGGCGGAAACCGGCCAGUUCGACAAGAUUCUGCCAUAUGUGACCCAGACAGGCUAUCAACCCGACUGGAUCCAACUCCUGCAGCACCUUGUACGAAGCAAUCCAGAGAAAGGCGCCGAGUUCGCUACCCAACUCGCAAACCAGCCUGGCGGCUCUCUCGUUGACAUCGAGCGUGUUGUCGACGUUUUCCAAGCCCAAGGAAUGGUUCAACAGGCCACCGCGUUCUUGCUCGAUGCUCUUAAGGACAACAAGCCUGAACAGGGUCACUUGCAGACCCGUCUAUUGGAGAUGAACCUCAUGAACGCCCCUCAGGUUGCAGAUGCCAUUCUGGGUAACGACAUGUUCUCGUACUUCGAUAAGGCACGGAUUGCGACUCUUUGUGAGCAAGCCGGCCUGUACCAGAAGGCUCUCGAGUUGUACGAAGACCCCGCAGCUGUCAAGCGGGUCAUCGUUGGAAUUGCAGGAACUCCAAAUUUCAACCCCGAGUGGCUGGUCAAUUUCUUCGGCAAGCUGUCGGUAGAGCAGUCUCUCGACUGCCUCGAUGCUAUGCUUAAGCACAACAUCCGUCAAAACCUCCAGUCAGUCUUUCAGAUUGCUACCAAGUAUUCCGAUCUCCUUGGUCCGACACGUCUGAUCGACCUCUUCGAGAAGUACAAGAGCUCCGAGGGUCUCUUCUAUUACCUUGGAAGUAUUGUCAAUCUGUCUGAGGAUCCAGACGUUCACUAUAAGUACAUCGAGGCUGCUACUAAGAUUGGCCAGUUUGGCGAAGUCGAGCGCAUCUGCCGUGAGAGCAACUACUACAACCCCGAGAAGGUAAAGAACUUCUUGAAGGAAGCCAAAUUGACCGAGCAGCUGCCUCUCAUUAUCGUUUGCGAUCGUUUCAACUUCGUGCACGAUCUCGUUCUCUUCCUCUAUAAGAACCAGCAAUUCCAGUCAAUUGAGACGUACGUCCAGCGAGUCAACCCCUCUCGUACACCCGCAGUCAUUGGUGGACUCCUCGAUGUAGAUUGCGAUGAGAGUAUCAUCAAAAACCUGCUCACCACAGUCAAUGCGGCGUCUGUUCCUAUUGAUGAGCUCGUCUCUGAGGUUGAAACCCGCAAUCGACUCAAGUUGCUGCUACCGUUCCUUGAGGCGACGCUUGCAGCCGGUAACCAGCAACAGGCAGUGUAUAAUGCUCUCGCCAAGAUCUACAUUGACUCCAACAACAACCCCGAGAAGUUCCUGAAGGAGAACGACCAAUAUGACACAUUGGUUGUUGGAAAGUACUGCGAGAAGCGCGACCCCAAUCUCGCUUACAUCGCUUAUAGCAAGGGUCAGAAUGACUUGGAGCUCGUCAACAUCACCAACGAGAACUCGAUGUACAGAGCACAGGCAAGAUAUCUUCUCGAGCGCGCAGACAAGGAGCUGUGGAAUUUCGUACUCAGCGAGAACAACAUUCACCGCCGAUCUGUUGUCGACCAGGUCGUUGCGACCGCUGUACCAGAGUCUACCGAUCCCGCAAAGGUUUCAGUUGCCGUUGCCUGCUUCUUGGAAGCCGAUAUGCCGGGCGAGCUUAUCGAGCUUCUAGAGAAGAUCGUUCUCGAGCCAUCGCCGUUCAGCGACAAUCAGAACCUCCAGAACCUUCUCAUGUUCACCGCGGCAAAGGCAGACAAGGCGCGAGUCAUGGAUUAUAUCCAUCGCCUGGAUGGCUUCGAUCCCCAGGAAAUUGCAUCCAUGUGUAUCGAGGUCGGAUUGUACGAGGAAGCCUUCGAAAUCUACAAGAAGGUGGGCGACAAGACCAGCGCAGUCAAUGUGCUCGUAGAGAAUGUUGUCAGCAUCGACCGGGCUCAGGCAUUUGCCGAGGAUGUUGAUCUCCCAGAGGUCUGGAGCAAGGUCGCCAAGGCUCAGCUAGAUGGACUUCGAGUUUCUGACUCCAUCGAAUCUUACAUCAAGGCUGAGGACCCGAAGAACUACGAGGAGGUCAUUGAGGUUGCCACUCAUGCCGGCAAAGACGAGGACCUGAUCAAGUACUUGCGCAUGGCGCGCAAGACGCUUCGCGAGCCUCCUAUCGACACGGCCUUGGCUUUCUCCUACGCUCGACUGGACCAGCUCUCAGAAUUGGAGGACUUCUUGCGAGGCACCAAUGUUGCGAACAUCGAGGAGUCCGGUGAUAAGGCUUACGAAGAGGGCUUCUUCGAAGCCGCAAAGAUCUUCUUCACCAGCAUUUCCAACUGGGCUAAGCUUGCCACCACUCUUGUGCACUUGGAAGACUACCAGGCCGCGGUCGAGUCUGCUCGUAAGGCCAAUAACAUCAGGGUCUGGAAGGAGGUCCACAAUGCAUGUGUGGGCAAGAAGGAAUUCCGCCUUGCUCAGAUUUGCGGUCUGAACCUCAUCGUUGACGCCGAGCAACUGCAAGCGCUCGUUCAGCAAUACGAGGGAUACGGAUACUUUGAUGAGCUCAUCAACCUCCUGGAGCAAGGUCUGGGUCUGGAGCGUGCUCAUAUGGGCAUGUUCACUGAGCUUGGAAUUGCCUUAUCCAAAUACCACCCUGAGCGCUUGCUUGAACACUUGAAACUCUUCUGGAGCAGAAUGAAUCUGCCGAAGAUGAUCAAAGCCUGUGAGGAAGCCAAUCUCUGGCCCGAGCUUGUCUUCUGCUACUACCACUACGACGAGUUUGACAAUGCAGCACUGGCGGUUAUGGAGCGGCCAGAAAACUCCUGGGAGCACCAGCAGUUUAAAGAGAUUGUCGUCAAGGUUGCCAACCUUGAGAUCUACUACAAGGCUAUCAACUUCUACCUGGAGCAACACCCAUCCCUGAUCACCGAUCUUCUUCAGGCGCUGACUCCACGUAUCGAUGUUAACCGUGUGGUUCGCAUGUUCCAGAAGUCAGACAACUUGCCGCUGAUUAAGCCGUUCCUUCUCAACGUCCAGACACAGAACAAGCGCACGGUCAACGAUGCCAUCAACGACCUCCUCAUUGAGGAGGAAGACUACAAGACCCUGCGAGACUCUGUUGAGAACUACGAUAAUUACGAGCCGGUCGCCCUCGCUCAACGUCUCGAGAAGCAUGAUCUUGUUUUCUUCCGCCAGAUUGCCGCCAAUAUCUACCGUAAGAACAAGCGGUGGGAGAAAUCGAUCGCUCUGUCUAAGCAGGACAAGCUUUGGAAAGACGCGAUUGAGACUGCCGCCAUCUCUGGCAAAACCGAGGUUGUCGAGGAUCUUCUCCGUUACUUCGUAGACGUUGGCAACCGAGAAUGCUAUGUCGGUAUGCUCUAUGCUUGCUACGACCUAAUCCGACCGGAUCUUGUUCUUGAGAUGUCUUGGCGCCAUGGUCUCAACGACUUCACUAUGCCAUACAUGAUCAACCUUCUCUGCCAGCAGACUAAGGAGCUAGCCACACUCAAGGCUGAUAAUGAGGCUCGAAAGGCUAAGGAGAAGGAACAAGAGACAGUUGACGACAACACCCCGAUUUUGGGUGGCAACCGUCUCAUGAUCACUGCUGGCCCGGGAGGUAACACUGGCCGUGCUUCGCCAGCUUUCGCACCAAAUGGCUUCGCUCCCCAGCCCACCGGAUUUGGCUUUUAG